UUGAGCGCGUUUUCUAGCAUUAUGCGAGGAAAACUUCUUAAACAGCUAGCGCUGGACAAGUUUCUCAAAAUCUCGCCAGAGUUUUAGUGUUCUCUAUGUGAGAGUAGUAAAGGUAUUGUAGCAGAAGUAUUGAUUUCACAAUUCUUCUAUUUUUCUCUUGUUUCCAAGAUCUGCAUAUCAGAGAUGGAGAAGGUGGUGGACAUGGAGCAGCAACAGGCUAAAGAGAUGGGUAAAUUUGUUGUUUUUGAUGCUAAGGAUAUCUGGCCUGCUCAUGAGGAUUUGCCUGCAGGUCUAAUUCGUGAACGUAUUCCAAAACACGUUGCAUUUAUCAUGGAUGGAAGCCGAAGGUGGGCUAUUAAGAGAGGAUUGGAGCCUACUCUAGGUCAUAAUGCAUCAUCUCAUAGUGUAAAACUUCUUGCUCAGUUAUGUUGUAAUUGGGGUAUUAAGGUCAUGACAGUAUUUGCAUUCUCUACUGGGAACUGGGUUCGACCUCAAGUUGAGGUUGACUUCUUAAUGGACACAUUCGAGCUAGUUUCCUUGAGAGACGUCGAGGUUUUCAUGAGGAAUGAGGUUCGAAUAUCUAUAAUAGGGGACACCACAAAGCUACCAACUGGACUACAACAAGCGCUGUCAAAGGCAACAGAAAUAACGAAGAACUACGCGAAACUUCAUUUGAUCGUGGGAAUCAACUACGGCGGUAGAGAAGACAUAUUACAAGCAUGUCAAAGUAUCUCUCGCAAAGUAAAAGAUAAUCUCAUCAAACCAGAAGACAUCAACGAAAACCUAUUUAAUCAAGAGCUUGAUACAAAGUGUACUGAAUUCCCUUACCCUGAUCUACUAGUCAGAACUAGUGGCGAACAUAGGAUCAGUAACUUCUUAAUGUGGCAAUUAGCUUACUCCGAAAUUUAUUUUGAGGAUUGUCUCUGGCCUGACUUUGGCGAGAAAGAAUUUGUCAAGGCAUUACGAUCCUUUCAAGAUAGACGGAGACGAUACGGAGGACAAGAUGAAGACAAUUUGGGAGUGGAAAGUCGUAAUCAAUCUAACUGAUUACCGGAAACCGAGUGUUUUUGAACGUUUGUGUGUGCUUAUUUUAGCAUUUCCUAAUAUACAAAAUCAUGGCUUGUAAUUUAUUUAUUUUUAUUAUUUUUAUUC